AUGCCACCUGACUGUUCAACGCCUUCACCUGCACAAAACGAGACAAAUAAUCCAGUUGUAGGCUCAAGAUUGACUAGCGAGUCUGGGCGCCAGUAUUCCAUUGAAUGCGUGCUCCAAGAGAAAGACCAUAGACCGGAGAUAGUCUAUAUUGCCUCCAGAGAUGACGGACAAAAGUUUGUCCUCAAGGACCUCCCCCCCUCGAUAUUUAAGCUAGCCUACGAUAUGCAGAGAACCCUCAUCACGCAAGAGCGUAGCCCUUAUCUCCGGCUCAUGCGGGACAUUAUUCUCGAGCAAUCGAUCCUCAUAUAUGAUUAUGCCACCGACCACUUACUCAGCUUCGCCCAAAAGCAAAUCCCACUCGCUAUAAGGAAACGGAUCCUGGGGGAUGCUCUUCAUGUCAAAGAAAACAAUAUCCUAGUUAACUAUGAGAACGUCGACGGAAAAAUCGUUGUAAAGAGUGUUCAGCUUGGUGAUCUCGAGGAUGCUGCAUAUGUGCCUCCUGGUAGUGACAUCGUGGGAUCUAAGGUUGGCAAUCAACUUUGGCGCAGCCCUGAGGCUCAUGCUCAAGGUCCUGUGAAUUCACCUUCUGAUAUGUUUUCUUUUGGGAUAAUUGUAAUGUAUAUACGCCCUUUCCCAAACCGUAAUUUUUGCCCCCAAGAGAUGGAAGACCCUGAGAUGGAGCCUCUUUCUAUCAUUCUGGAGCGUCAACUCUCUUAUUUCGCCGAACCUGACACGUUCGAUACGCUCUUGCGCCACCUUGGCCCUGAGAGCCCGUGGUGCGAGAUUCUCACCGUGGUCCGCAGCGGGUUUAACGAGCAGAACCGACGGAAGCCUUUUCGCCUCUGGAAGGUUGAGAAGCCGGGGUUCGAUCAGGAUUUUAUGGAUUUAGUUGGGAGAAUGACCAAUUUUGAUCUUGUCAAGAGGAUUACUGCUCGUGAGGCGCUGGCGCACAAGUGGUUUGCCGAUGUUGAGUGCUGA